AUGCCUUACCCACGCUCAUGGAGUACGACUCGCAUACUUCUUUUGUUUACUCUCUCUUCAUAUGGCACCAGAUUUGCCAAUUCACUGAAAAUUGACGGAACCUGGAUCAGUCCGCAGUACAACUACAUUUUCGAUUUCCCUGUCCCUUUCCCUGUUGUCAAGACUCCAAAAUUUACAUAUACGAAUGAGGAUGGCGCAGAUAUUGAUUACUACGAAGUAGAGGUCACCAGUGUGGAAUCACAAAUAUAUCCAGAUCUAAAAGCAACGCCAUUGGUAGGAUAUGAUGGAACAUCGCCCGGGCCCAUGUUCGUCAUGCAGAGAGGUAGAGAGGCGGUUGUUCGUUUCACAAACAACGGACCCCUGAACAUGGCUGUUCAUGUGCAUGGACAAUACAAUCGUGCACCUUUUGACGGUUGGGCUGGAGACUAUGCUACGCCCGGACAGUACAAAGACUACUACUACCCAAAUGCACAAAAUGCUAGAACGAUCUGGUACCACGAUCAUACGGAAUACAGGACCGGCGAGAAUGUGUAUCGAGGUCAGGAAGGCCUCUACCUCAUCCACGAUCCCGAAGAACAGGCCCUAGCAUUGCCAUCCGGAAACUACGACUUGCCACUCUCAAUCAGUGCCAAAACUUACAACUCAGAUGGAUCUCUUUGGUACAAUACCAACAACAAUAUCGGAUUGUGGGGCGAUGUGAUCCAAAUCAAUGGCCAACCGUGGCCUUAUGUUCCCGUUGAGCCUCGAAAGUAUCGCUUGCGUAUCCUCAAUGGAGCUGUCAGCCGAACCUUUGGACUCUCAUUCACAGCUGCAACCGAGGAUGUAGCCAAAGGAGAGAGUAUCGGUUUCACAGUAAUUGCAUCCGAUGGUGGAUUGUUCGGUGCUCCGGUGAAGACAAACUAUCUAGCGAUGGCCAUGGGUGAGCGCUACGAAAUCAUCUUCGACUUUGCACAACACAGAGGCCAAAACAUCACUCUCAGAAACGCGAGGGGUAUGGGCGAGAACGUCGACUACGCAGCGACUGAUCUAGUCACGCGCUUCGUUGUUGGCGAAGAGGUGACUGAUUGGGACAAUAACGGUCCCGUUCCGCCUAAACUGCACGACAUCCCGCCAGCCAAUCCUUCCGACACCGACAAAGAAUUCACCUUCGCACGAGUAAGAGGCGGCAGGUGGAACAUCAAUGGCGUAGGAUUCGCCGAUGUCGAAAACCGCAUCUUGACGAGGCCGGAGCGCGGUAAGGACGAGAUCUGGACUUUGAAAAAUGGCGCGGGUGAUGGAACACAUCCCGUCCAUAUCCAUCUCAUCGACUUCCAGGUCCUCGAGCGCACGGGUGGCCGCGGUGCAGUUCGUCCGUACGAAUCUGCUGGAAUGAAGGACAUUGUUUGGCUGGCGGGAGGCGAGACUGUCAAGGUUUUGGCUCGUUAUGCUCCUUGGCCUGGAGUGUACAUGUUUCACUGUCACAACCUCAUUCACGAAGAUAACGACAUGCUGGCAGCAUUCGAUGUCGCUCAACUUUCAGAUUGGGGUUAUGAUAACAGUACUAUGUUCAUCGACCCCAUGACACCAGAGUUCCGCCCCAAGGACGCAACUCCAGACGACUUCACUGACGAAGCCAUCCGGGAGAAGUUAGCAUGGCUCUACAGCACCAAUCCCUACAAC